CCGCUGACGUCGGUUUUGCCAAGUAAACGUGCUUCUUCUACGCGCUGUUCGUAUUAUUAUUUCCAUUAAUUCUCACACACAUUCCUACACACACCUAAUGCGUGUGUCGGCGCGCGGAACCUAGAAAAAGGAAAAUUCUCCCAUAACAAAAAAUCCAAAUAGUCAUAAUAAUAAUAAUUAAUAAAAAAAAUGCUCAUGCUCUUUGCACAGCAAUUAAAACAAUUGCCAUAAUUUUUGCAGUAUCGAGUCGCCGUUAUAUGUACUCUUAGUUUUGCUCAUUUCGUCGUCAUCGUUGGCGUCACAAGAGACACUUAAAAAAAAAACACGGUCAUUCAACAACCUCUUUGGAAUGGUAUCGAUUUUCCGUUAUAUCGUUAUACACACACUCUGACCGAGUUUACACACAUUACGCCGCGCGCAAGCACACGCCCCUCUCUUCAAACCACAGAGCAUCCUCCUUCCCACCCACCCACAAUCGGCAGGAAGGGUAACGGGGGUGUUUGCCAUUGUCUCAAUGCCUGUGUGCGUGCGUUUGUGUGUGCGAGUGUGAGUGUUAGUGUGAGUGGGCGGACUUUUGAUGCAAAGUGAAAGUGAGCAAUGAUUAAUUGUUGCAUAUCGGGGGAAUCUUUUUAAAAGUUUACAUACACGUAUAUCGCAAGUAGAAGCAUGUUUCAUUUGGCACUGAUCAAAUAGGGACGGACAAACAUUUUUGGCAUCAUCAGAACAUCAACGACAGCAACAGCGGCGACAACGCAAACUUUGACGUCGCAAUUCUUAUAACGAUCAUUCUGUUGAGUUGAAGCUGUGUGUGUGUGUGUGUGUGCGAGUUUCUGUCUGAGUGUGUGGUGUGUGUGAGUGCUUUUCAACAUGGCAGGACAAAAGCCGCUGUUAAUUCAACAUAUGCAUACAGUGGGCACUGUUAGCUGUCUGCUGCUCUUCUUCUUGGCGCAAACGUUGGCCCAAACAAACCAACAGGUGUGUCCAGAGCAGGGCGACAUCUCACCCUGUAUUUGUACGGUGAAGAAAAAUGGUUUGGAUAUUUUAUGCGAGACUACGGACUUGGCGCACAUUACAAAAUCUAUGGGCACAUUGAAGGGCAAAAGUCCAAUUAUAUUUUAUCUGAAGUUGCGUCACAAUAAUCUGCCAAAGCUUCAAGGUUUUGUAUUUCUUGCUCUGGACAUUCGCCACUUGACAAUACACAACAGCAGCUUGGCCGCCAUUGAGGAGAAUGCACUCAGUUCGUUAGGCAAGGGACUCACACAGCUGGAUGUUUCAUUGAACCAGAUGAAAACGGUGCCAUCUCAGGCACUGCAACAUUUGUAUCACUUGUUAAUAUUGAAUUUGAAUCACAAUAAAAUCACCGUUAUACAUAAUAAUGCCUUCGAAGGACUGGACACAUUGGAGAUCCUCACACUCUAUGAGAAUAAAAUCACACAGGUCGAUCCUGAAGCAUUCCGUGGCCUGGAGAAAAAAUUGAAGCGUUUGAAUCUGGGCGGAAAUGAUCUUUCACAAGUGCCGCAAAAGGCACUUUCCAUAUUGGAUACGCUGAAGAAACUCGAGAUACAGGAGAACAAGAUACGCACCAUCAGUGAAGGCGACUUUGAAGGUCUAGAAAACUUGGAUUCGUUGAUAUUAGCCCAUAAUAUGAUCACAAGCGUGCCUGCGAAUGUAUUCUCUCACUUAGGUCUACUCAAUUCACUCGAGUUGGAGGGCAACAAGAUCAGUGUCAUUGAUAAGGAUGCAUUCAAGGGUCUAGAGGAGAAUCUUCAGUAUUUGCGACUGGGUGAUAAUAAUAUUCAUGCUAUACCCAGUGAGGCGCUGCGUCCGUUGCAUCGUCUACGUCAUUUGGAUUUGCGCAACAACAACAUCAACGUGUUGGCUGAUGACGCUUUUACCGGAUACGGCGAUUCGCUGACAUUCGUUAAUCUGCAGAAGAAUGACAUUAAAGUGCUGCCUAGCACUUUAUUUGAGAACCUCAACUCGCUGGAGACUUUGAAUCUGCAGAACAACAAGUUGCAACGAAUUCCGCAAGAUACUAUGGAACCGGUCAUUGACACUUUACGCAUAAUUGACAUCACUGAUAAUCCAUUGAAUUGCUCUUGCGAAUUGACCUGGUUCCCGAAACUCUUGGAGGAUCUGAAGAACAAGGACGAUGAAAUGUCACAGAAGAAGAAGCCGCUGUGCCACAUGUCGCUGGACAAUCGCGAGUAUUUUGUGCAAGCGAUGCCCACCGAGAAGAUGCACUGCGCCGGCCUCAAUAUUAUAGUGAAUCCGUGAAUUAUGCAACUCUGGCAAUUGUUAGACUCAGAAUGCACCCAACCAAGAGCAACAACAACCAAAACAACAGCAAUAUCACCCGCAAGUGCCCCCCAUGGUUAACUGAAUACUCAAAUACACCCACCUUGUUGAAUUGAUAAUUUGAUGCCAAUGCCAUAAAACGCGCUAAAAAAUAAAAAAGAAAAAUCAAAAAAAAAAAAACAAUAUAUAUAACUAAAUACAUACACAAAUACUCCGAACACAAACAAUAAUGCAGUAGCCCGACAAAUGCUGCUUACAAAUACAUAUUAAAAAGAAUCGUUCAAAUGAACAUCGCUUAUUGUUAACGCUUAGAACUAUGUAAUUGUAAACGUAAACGUAUUCGUAAACGUAAUCGUUAUUGAAAGGCAUAUGUAUCGUAGCCUAGGCUUAAGUCCAACAAACUAUAAUACAAGUGAGAUUCUUUAAUUAAUUCCCCGAAACGCAAACAUAUCUGGAAACGUGAAUUGUUAGAAAUUAAGCGUAUUAUUAUUAUUAUGAUUAUUAUUGUAGUCCAAUUAAGAAUUCUGAAAGAAACUUUACAUGUUUAUCGUAACUAUAUAUUUACAUGUAAUAUCUAUUUAUGUACCUAUCUAUUGUGUGUAGUAUGUCGUCGAUGUUGUGAGAUACAAUCAUUAUAGAAAAAAAAACAUUGUUUAUUGUUCAUUUAACUGUUUUGCUAUUCAAACUAGUCGAAAUUUUGCAAUAUUUUAUUAUUUACAAAAUACAUACUAUAUUGCUAUAUACAAAUCUAUGUGCAAACACUUUAAAAAUUUACAAAAAUAUUAAAAGAUAGUAUAAAAAUUGUACGCGUUCAAACGAGAGAAGAAUUAACAUUUGCAUCAAUCAAUAAGAACUGAUUAUGGAAUAAGUAGUUUGUACUCUUUAUAUGCAUGAUUAAAGAAAAAUGUGAAGAAGAAAGAGCAAGAAGCGGACACUUUGUUGUCCCGCAUAUACACAUACAUAUCAAUUAUUGUAUACAUAAUCGUUAUAUAUAUACUAUAUAUACAAUGUAAUAUCAUAACAUAUCAAGAGAGGCCCAAUUACAAUUGGUGAACUCGUAAAAGAAAAUCACAAAAUUUUAUAAAUCUACUUUUGAGCAUGUGAAAUCACACUAAAAUUACAAUUUUUGAAAUUGUUUUUUUAUAAUUAUAUAAUUGUAUAUGUAUGUUUCUAUGUAUGUACCUCUAUUGAAUUGUAUUCUAACUAAGUUAUACAUAUAUAUCUAUAGGCUAUUUUAUAUUAUAUUUACAUUUAUAUUUGAACAUCUAUUAACACUUGACACGUCUUUCUUCGUUGGCUGCUCGCCAGUUUGGUUCGGUCAGUUAACCGCUAGCGAGUACCCAAAUCGGAGAGAUGAAAUCCUUAAAGAAAUGAUAAUAUUUCCAAGAGAAUGCGCUCUAAGCCAACUCGGGUCAGUUUUGGCAUUAGCUGUUCUUUUUUAAAUAUUAUAAACGAAAAUGAAAUCAUGAGACAAUUCAGUUGUAAAAUGCUUCGUUGUAGAAGUCAAAGUGUGUGAGGCGUUGUUUGCCAUACAGACUAUGUUUUCUCAUUCGAACCACUUGCGAUUUAUAAAGAAUAAAGAAUCAUAUUGGUUACUAACACAA